AUGGAUCGGCCAUCUCUAAGUCCCGAUUUAAACCCAAAAGAAAAUAUGUGGUCUGAUAUGUCAAAAAUAAUUUAUGGCGAAGGAAAACAAUGUAGAAAUACUUGUGAACUUAAAACCGCUAUUUUAUUGGCUUGUUUAAAAAUAUCAUUAGAGAAAAAAAAUUAUGUAGCUGGAAUGCAAAACAGGAUGUUGGAUGUCUUAAGAGAAGGGGGAGCUAAAAUUAAUAAAUGA